AUGUCUGAAGUUGGCUAUCAGGAGAGGAGAUUUGGAGAGUUGGAGAGCUCCAUGAUGAGUCACAGUUCUUUACUAAACACGAUGAAUUCUGAUCUGAAAGGCAAACCGAAAGACUCAGAGUCUCAGAACAGGACGUUGACUGAGGUGGUGAAAUUGUCUUCUUCUGUAGAGUCUCUGUCCUCUAAGCAACAGAGCACUGAUCAGAGAGUGAUGGCUGCUCUAAAUGAAAUCAAGACUGAACUGGAGGGCAGCAGUGUACAAGCAAUAUCUCAUCACGGGAUGAUGUUUGCAAUGAUUAGACUGACUUCUUCUGUAGAGUCUCUGUCCUCUAAGCUGCAGAGCACAGAUCAGAGAGUGAUGGAUGCUCUGAGUGAAAUGAAGGCCAUGCUGGAGACCAUGUAUGUGCUAGCAGGAGGAUUGACUUGUGAGCCUGGAUGGACUCUUUUUCGCUCCAAGUGUUACUUUUUCUCUGACGACAAACUGAACUGGCACCAGGCACGAGAUUACUGCAGGUCCCAGAAUGCCUCAUUGAUCAAAUUGGAAACUAAAGAUGAAUGGGCGUUUAUACGUCCUCGGGCUGCACUGAAUUCCUACUGGGUUGGUCUCACUGAUGAAGUCACAGGGCAGUGGAGAUGGGACGAUGGAACACCUUACAUCAUGAAUAAAGACGAGUGGGUAGCUGGACAGCCGGAUGACUGGAAGGAUCACGGUAUGGGAGAGGAAGGAGAAGACUGUGGACAUAUUUACACAUCUGGGAGGUUUAACGACGCCCACUGCUCUGUUAAAAUGUACUACAUCUGCAAGGCGUAGAUCACACUGCAUGAAAAUGACUGAUACGUUGGAUGUUCAUGUAAAAAAAUCAUGUUGUUUUACAUUUUAGCAAAUCAACACUUUUCUAAACAA